AUGAGUUACAGCUACAGACAAAACGGUGCAGAGCUUGACGACCCUUUGUUCAUUGAAGAGUUCAAAAAGGCUUUGAAAUUAGGCAAGGUUGCCAGGGCCGUGGACCUCGAGGAAGUAAGGCAACAUGUCAAGUAUCCCGAAUAUUUGUCACCUUUUAAGCUUGAGGAUGAAGGUAAAUACAAUGCUUUUGCCAAUCCUGAUGGCGCCAAGAACGAUAAGGGCCAUUUGGGAGAUCCUAGUUUCAAAAACUUGUUCUACAACAAGGACGCAAAGACAUUUGAUCUCUCUCCUAACUUUGGAACUGAGAUCGAUGGGAUUCAAUUGAGCAAGCUCGACGAUGCAGGAAAGAACGACUUGGCACUUUACUUGGCUACUCGUGGUUUAGCUGUGUUCCAUGACCAGGAUUUCAGAGACAAGGGACCAGAAUUUGCGAGAGAAUUUGGUAGAUAUUUUGGACCGCUUCAUAUCCAUCCUGUUGCCUACUCAAUUGAUGGGUACCCUGAACUUUUGGUGACUUUCAGAAAGGAAGGUGGUCCAGAACGGUACGAGGGAGAAUUUGCUAGCAGGACAACUCUGGUGGGUUGGCACUCCGAUAUCAGUUUUGAAGAAUACCCAUCUUCUUUUUCGUUUUUCGUUGCGCUUGAAGCUCCCGAAUCCGGCGGUGAUACCGUUUAUGCUGAUACUCGAGAAGCUUAUAGAAGACUUUCGCCCGAGUUUCAAAAGUUGCUUGAAGGGCUUACUGCCAUCCACACCAAUUACUACCAAAACAAGUUUUCUGCGUUAACCGGAGGGGUCGCUAGAGUCAAAAAGGACUACUUUACCGAGCACCCCUUGGUCAGAACCCAUCCUGUUACAGGUGAAAAAUCGCUCUUCUUUUCAAAAGGAUUUGUCAAGUCAAUCAAGGGUCUUAAAGGACCCGAGUCGAGUGCUAUACUCAACUUUUUGGAUGCUCAUAUUAACAGCACCGACUUCCAGGUAAGAGCCCAACACCGUGGAACUCUGGGAGCCACUGUGAUUGCCUGGGAUAAUCGUAUUGUGUUGCACACUGCCAUUGCCGACUUUUUGCGUCACAAGACUGGUCACCGUCACCACUUUAGGAUUACUGUUCUUGGCGAGAAGCCAUAUUUGGACAGGGAAACUAAGGAAGAGAAGGAAAAUGGACAAAAUGGACAAAAUGGACAUGAAAAUGGACACUCUAAUGGACAUGCCAAUGGACAUGCCAAUGGACAUGCGAAUGGACAUGCCAAUGGACAUGCGAAUGGACAUGCGAAUGGAAGUUCCAAUGGAAAUUAA